AGCUGGUCUGCUGUGCUGUAACGUAAUGCAGGGAUUAUAGAGUGACAGGACGCGUACAGUCAUUUCUUGGUCAGUUACAGUUAUUUCUUGGUCAAUUCUAAGUUGCUUCAUAUUAUGCAGAGCCGCUUCGAUGGGUUGGCAUUCUCGAACCCGAACUCUGCAAGUGUUUGACACGGAGUUAAGCGCUGAUACCGUGGAGUGGUGCCCAUUACCACAAUGGUCUCAUGUUCUGGCAUGUGGGACUUACCAACUUCAAAAAGGCGAUGAUAAGACAGCAGAAGACUCUACUGCCCUGAACAGAAUCGGUCGACUUUAUCUGUUUCACUGUAAUCCGCAACCAUCGUUCAUCCCUCCAUUGACAGAGACUCAGAGAAUAGACACUCCAGCUAUACUCGACCUCAAGUGGUGUCAUGUGCCGAUAUCAGAACGUCCAUUGUUGGGUAUGGCCACUGCAAGUGGAGAAAUCCAGCUGUACAAGCUUAUGGAACCUCAGCAGGGCACCUGUGGUCUGGAGUGUGAGUUGAAAGCAGAGUUGGGUCCUGAAAAACUAGCCUUGUCUUUAGACUGGUCCACAGGGAGAGGUGACAGCAGUGAUGUGCGUGUGGUGUCCAGUGACUCAAGCGGCUCUCUCACAGUGCUGUCUCUGGGGGAAGCCAGUUUAACUGCUGUGUGUCAGUGGAAAGCUCAUGACUUUGAAGCCUGGAUAUCAGCAUUUAGUUACUGGGAUACUCAGAUUGUUUAUUCAGGUGGUGAUGACUGCAAACUAAAGGGCUGGGAUCUGAGAAUGGGUCCCUCUUCCCCCACCUUCACCAGCAAGAGACACACUAUGGGAGUAUGCAGCAUACACAGUAACCCCCAUCGAGAGCACGUACUAGCCACUGGGAGCUAUGAUGAGAACGUGUUGCUCUGGGACGGGAGGAACAUGAAGACGCCCCUGAAUGAGACUGCAGUGGGUGGUGGCGUGUGGAGACUCAAGUGGCACCCCAGUCAAGAGCACCUGCUGCUAGCUGCAUGUAUGCAUAAUGAUUUCCAUAUUCUCCACUGCCAGAAAGCUAUGGAGGGACAAGAUGCACCAUGUUCUGUUCUGGCCUCUUAUAUUCUACACAACUCUUUAGCAUAUGGAGCAGACUGGUCCAGACUCCCCCUAAGCAACUCCACGCCCCCCUCUCCUCAGGAACCUCCCCAAACCAGCGUUGGGCUCACAGAGUCCGGAGGUCAUCUCAGGAUCCAGUAUGAAUCGCCCACUGCCAGCUUUGAUACCUCUCUGGAGGAUGACUCGGGGCAAUACGUACCUGAUCAUUGUCUUUUACCCGAAAAAAGAUCAGCUCCAGACCCCUUCACCAGCCCUGUCAGAGACGCCCAGUCUCUGUCCUGCCUGAUGGCUACCUGCUCCUUCUACGACCACAUGAUGCACGUUUGGAGAUGGGACUGGAGCCCAGAGGAAGAACAGAUGACGUCUGAACCCGCCCACUCUUCCUGAACACAGUUGCUAUGAUUGGGCUUUUGUUAUGAGGUUAUUGGGGACUGCGCAUUUCAACAGUGUCCUGCUGAAACGUCUGCAGUAUUGCUUUGUAUUCAAUACAUGCAAUUUUGGAAAAUGUCAUUUUCUGACUAUAUAUUGUAGCUAGAAAAUGUUACGAUUUUUCUAGUGUGAUUAGUCCCAAUUUAGUUUUACAUUGAGAAGUAGACCGACACCUUUUAUAACAAAUAAAC